UCUAAGGUGCAGAAGCCUGAAGUCAGAGGGAGCAUCUCGUGUCUGUCAGGGCUGUACGUAUGAGGUGUACUUUGAAAAGGAGCAGAUUAUGACAGAGGAAAGAAGGAAUCGGGAGAUUCGCCAAGGAAAUCAAAACAUUCGUGGCUCUGAUAAAGCCGUCAACAUCGGACAGUAAACCAUGCAUGACCUGGCUGCCCAAGUCACCAGCAGCCUGCUGCCUUUCCCAGGAGUGACUAUAGAUGCUCUGGGGGAGGAUGAGAUCACCCUUGACUCCGUGCUACAUGGGAAGUUCACCGUUGGACGCAGCGGGCUGGCCUGGCUGGCCUGUGGCCCCCAUCUGGAGGUUGUCCAUGCGAUGACAGGAGAACGGCUGUCUGCAUACUGCUUCAGUAGUGGAGGCGAGCACCCACCGAGUGUCCUAGCUGCCAGGGACUUCAGCUGGCUCAAACGGUCUGGAUUGCUGGUUGGCUUGGAGGAAGCAGAGGGCAGCGUGUUGUGUCUUUAUGACUUGGGACUGUCACGGGUUGUCAAAGCUGUGGUUAUACCUGGCAGGAUUACAGCUAUUGAACCAUUAGUGAGUUAUGGCGGAGCGAGCACUUCGACCCAGCAUCUUCACCAGAGUCUGCGCUGGUUCUUUGGCAUUGCCGCCGUAGUAACGGAUCUGGGUCAUGUUCUGCUUGUGGACCUCUGUCUGGAUGACCUGUCCUGCAGCCAAAGUGAACUGGAGGCUUCAGACCUGCAGGUAGUCACCAAAUCUCCUGCAGAGAUCCCUAGGCUUCGAGAAGUCAGCACCAGACAGGGCAGACAUCUUUGUCUCCAGCUGAAUGGGCCCAGUGGAGUUGGAGCCACAGCUCUGCAGUACAUCUCCAGGACCAACCAGCUGGCAGUGGGAUUUUCUGAUGGAUACUUACAGCUGUGGAACAUGAAGGCACUAAAGAAGGAAUACCACUCCCAGCUAGAAGGUGGCAGAGUGCCUGUGCAUGCCUUCACCUUCCAGGAGCCAGAAAAUGACCCCAGGAACUGUUGCUACCUCUGGGCUGUCCAGUCUUCUCAGGACCUCGAGGGAGAUAUGGUCAGCCUCCGCCUGCUUCAGCUGGCCUUCAGUGAAAGGAAGUGUUUAGCUUCUGGGAAGAUCCUCUAUGAGGGUCUGGAGUACUGUGAGGAACGUUACAGUCAGGAGUUAAGUGGCACAGCCUUUCCUCUCAGGGCUCAGGCCACCAACACCCGCCUGCUGAGUUGCCAGACCAUCGAGAAGUUCAGACCCCACCCCGACAGGGAGGACAGCAUGAACGAAGCUGCAUCUCCAGACACCAGUGUGUCUAUCUUCAGCUGGCAGGUGAAGGCCUAUGGUCAGGGAACUCCAUCUACCUACAUUGGGGUUUUUGACAUCAACCGUUGGUACCACGCACAAAUGCCAGACUCUUUAAGAACGGGGGAGUCUCUGCAAAACUGUCCCUACCUGGCAGUUUGGUCUCUGGACCCAGUCGUGCAGAUGGUAUCUUCACACGUCUUCCUGGAUGCGGUGGUGCACGACCGCAGCCUGAGCAGGGGGCUGCCCUUCACCUGCCCCCCACCGGAACAGUACUUUAACCCCACCACAUAUAACUUUGAUGCUACCUGCUUGCUCAACUCUGGAAUUGUGCACUUAACCUGCUCUGGGUAUCAGAAAGAGACCCUGAGCUUUUUGAAGAAAGCUGCUCCGUGUUCCAGUGACAUCAUCUCCACCAGCUACUCCCGCUGCCUCAUGUCCGGCCUGCUCUCAUCUCGCCUGGCCGACACCCAGGCCUCCAGCCUCUCUCAGGAGGAGCAGCUGGAUGCCAUCUUGUCUACAGCGGUGGAGACCAGCUCCUUGGGACUGAUCACUGGCUGUAUCAAGCAGUGGACUGCAGAAGAACAACCAGGUUCUGCACUGAACCUGCGCUACAUCCUGGACUGGGCCUGGAAUAAAGUAGUCCAGACCAAGGAGGAACUGGAUGGCAUCUGUGCGCCGCUGUUCGACAGCUCAUCCAACUUCACAGACCCUCAGACCAUGCAGCUGCUACAGCACAGCCAGGGACUGCUCGGGAACCUCAGCACCAUCUUCCACUGCUUGCUAAGUGAAGCUCAGGAGCUCACCCAAAAAGGCCUAGUGGGUCUGAUGAACAAGAACAUGGUGUCCAGUCUGAUUUCCAAGUACGCUCAGGUGGUGCUCUGGUUCUGUCGUACCGGCCUACUGCCUGAAGGAUCAGAUGAUGAUGCUCUCCAGAUCUCCAGACCUUUCUACACUCACUCAGUCAUCAGCAACUAUUAUACGAUACGCAGAGAGGAGCUAACCCGGCUGGCUAAGGGCAAGUGGUGUGCAGACUGCCUGAUGAUUGACGGUUUGGUCAGCCAGUGUGGUGAACGCUUGACCAACCUGUGGAAAAGAGAUGAUGGUGGGACAGGGCAAUACCCCCCACCUACACUGCAUGCCUUGUUGGAUAUUUAUCUGCUGGACAACAUUGAAGAAGCUGCCAAACAUGCAAUUGUGAUUUACCUGUUACUGGAUGUCAUGUACUCCUUCCCCAAUAAGGAGGGAGCAUCAGUCGAGUCUUUCCCCACAGCUUUUGCCAUCCCUAUUGGACUGGUGAAACUAGUACAAGGCCUCUGGCUGCUGGACCAUCAUGACCACCAGAGUUCCUUCGAGCUGCUCUUGCAUCCAGCCGCCUCUCUGUGUCAGUUUGAGUGGCAGCACGAGCGGGUCCUGCAAGCACUGAUGUGCCAGGGCCAACACUCAGUGGCACUACAAUACUUCCAUGUUACAAAACCCCCCAUUUCCUCCACCUCCCAGGCCAAACUAUGCCUGUCUGUACUGCUGCACAACAGGUGUCUUAUAGAGGCGUGGUCUUUACUUCGGCAGCACUCUAAUCGCCUCAACAUGAGUGAGCUGCUGGGCUUCCUGUAUGAGAGCUGCCAGGAGCUGGGCCUCAUUAAGGACCUGCUCAAACUGCCCCUGGGCCUCAAUGAACAGGAAUGUUUGGAGAAGUUUCUUCAGGGCACAGGGGGUCUCCAGAACAGAGAACUGCUGAUGGUUCAUUACCUUCAGCAGGCCAACUACAUUCCUGCCCUGCAGCUCAACCACAGCCUCAGAAUGAACCUGGUGAAUGAGCGAGACCCAAAGCUUAAAGAACGAUCCAACACCAGGAACGCUAUAUUGGAUCAGUAUGGCAAAGUUUUACCCAGAGUCCAGAGGAAACUGGCAAUGGACAGAGUCAAGCCCUACCAGCAUCCCUACGCUAUCCACAGAGAAGUUUCUCGGCCGCAGCCGCUGUCAACCAUCACCAAGCGCUCUGCCAGCGAGAAGGUGAUGUCGAGGGCCGGUUUCAUCAACAAUGUCCUGGUCAAGAUCGAGGAGGUGUGGUUAGGCAAGGGAGCUACACCACAGUCCUCCCCAGCCAAGAGCCCCAGGGCAGCUGAUGUUCAGAGCCCCAAGUCCUCCUCCUUGGCCCUCCCUGACCCCUUUCUGGGAACUCCUAUCACCAUGACCUCCAAACGAAAGUCAAGGCUGAUGGACUUGGUGGUUCAUCCCUCCUGUCAGACACCUCGUCCUCUUCUCGGCUCCCCCAGACCUCCCAGCUCCUGGGUUUCUCCAAAAAGCACCAGCAAGGCCCCUGAACUCAGCCUGCUGCAAACACCGCAGGUCGUCAAGCGAGCUCGGGCCUUGGCUGCCUCCGGCCCAGUGUUCUCAGCGUUCACCCCCCAGUCCAUCCUGCGCAGCAGCCUGAGGCCCACACCCGUCGCCACCCCUUCUGCUUCUCCGGGGCGCUCCAUCACCCCCCCACUCCGCACCAAAGAGAGCCGGAUCACUUUCAUUGAAGAGACGCAAUCUCCCGAACCAGAGAAGGGCAUCCGAUGGCCCAAUGGGAUGGCAGCAGACCGUGAGAUUAGUUUGCUGACCAGCGGCUCCACGCUAUCCAAGGUUACACGCACAACCUGGUCUUCACAGCCUGCUGAGGAGGAGGAGGAGGAAGGGGAAAAACCAAGUGUAAAGUUCUUGCCUCCAGAAGGUGGUGUUCCGUCACCACAGCUGAGAUGUUUUGAGAGCGAGUCACCCUCUGUCCACGAAGUCGCUGCAGAAAGCAGACCAUCAGAUGCAACGCAGGCACGGCUCAGCCUGAGCUUCGACACCAGCCAGAUGUCUGUUCGUUCAACAGACACCACUUUAGAGUACUAUGAUGCACCUCUGUCACGAGACCUGGGAGGAGAGGAGGAGUGUACAGAAGAAGAAGAGAAGGGUGAAGAGGUAGUGACCGUUAGCAUCAAAGGCCCAGCUGAACAGGAAGAACCAGAGGAAAAGUCCUCACCAGCCACUGAGCAAACCCCUGUCCUGACAUCAGAGGAUGUAGAGCAGGAAGAAGAGGAGCCGAAGGAGGAGGAAACAUUUGAGGACGUGAUGGAGAUUGGUCUUGAACAGGAUGCUAACGACGAGGAAGAAGUCCAGCCUGAAAAGGAGAAUGAACAGGAUGUCGAGUCAAGUAGCAAACAAGACGAUGCUGCAACUCUCGACCAAGAAGAGACAUCGAGUCACAAUGAAGUUUGUAACCAGGUAACCGAGAGCGCAGAGUCGGUUACUGACGUCGAAUCUCAGGAUCAACCAGCGACGGCCACGGGACAGGACGCCCAGUCAGAGGCCACCGAAUCCGCAGAGUUCACUGAGCAUCUGAAACUGACUGGAGCCGCUGAAGCCACAAAUGAACUAGAAGAGGAGCUGGAGCAAUCAGCAGACCUGACGGAGUUUGUGCAGAGACACCUGUUUGGCAGUGAUCCGUCUUCUCCGCUCACCCGCUCAGGAAUCCACAAUGCAUCACAGAUGUCCUUCAACAGCGAGUCACUAUGUGAGGUUAAAGAGGAAGGACAGGCUGACGCUGAAGCUCCCCCAGUCUUCACCACUCAAAAAUCUGCUGCCUCUGUCACAUCCUCGGAGCCAACAGGCACAGACUCCCACUCUGUCGUGAGUUUAAACGACAGCGAAGACCUUUCUAGCCCCGUGUCUGAGGAAGAAGACGAUGAUGAAGAGGAGGAGGAGUCUGAUGAAGCUGAGGAUGAAGAGGAGGAGGAGGACUCUGGCAGUGAGGUGGAAAUCAUUGAGGAGGUCCAGGGUAAUGGGAGGCUUCCCCCCCUUCAGCCCAGCUCAGUCUUUGUACAACAGGCACACACACACUUCCUGCCAAGUCUGUCAGAGCAGGAGGCUGCGGAGUUCUCUCUGAUCACACCCGGUGCAGAGAUGAAGAUUGUGGAGGAGGACAUGGAGGGUGAGGUGGUGAUGGUGAGACUCGGGGCAGAUGAAGGAGGAAUGGAGGCAGAUGAGGCUGAAGAGCAAGGCUCCUCAUAUAUGGAGCUUAAGCCCUCUACCACUCUCCUGGUGCCCCUGGAGCUCAUGGAGGGGCAGGACGGCCUGGUGGACAGUUCUCAGCUGGGUCUUCCUGAGCUCCCGCAAACCGUUGUGUCAGAUGACCCGAGGUCUGAAUCUCACAGCGGCUUCUCUCUGAUGCUGGACAUGGACGAGGACGGAGAUAAAGACGCCAACACGCUACCUAUGGAGAAUGAUCUGCAGUUCUCCGACCCUCCCACCCUGUCACCAGCAGAGGAGGCUAGUAAUGAACUUCUGGCCAGACCUGAGGUUAUUCUUUUGGGCACAGGCGAUCCGGAUCCUCUCCUGUGUGGAGAAGCACCUGAAGAGGACCAGAGGAAUGAGAUGGACAUCUUGGAUGGAGUCAACGUAGAUGGGCUGACAGAGUCAGAACUUGUCAAACUCGCUGAUCUCCAAACUGAAAACACUGAGUGUAUCCAUGAGCCAGAGGAGGUUAAAGAACAGAUGGAUGCAGAGUUACUAAUGUUGGCUCAAGACCAGGAACCUGAAGGUCUUUUGGUCUCAGGGCCAACUCCAAUAGAAGAUCUCCCAGCAGUUGAGGAUGACAAAGACUCUGUGUCAGUAAAGGUUGCUGAUGAGAUGGGAGAGGAGGAGGACAAACCAACUCCUGUUGAGGACCAGGAGGAGCCUGAAGAGAAUGGGCCUGUUAAUAUUGACACAGAGAUCGUCCCCAGCCCAGAGACGGCGCCUGUUGUAGAGGAGAAACAGCAGGACAACAAAGACUCAGCAGAGACAGAAGAGGAGAACGUGAAAGAAAUUAGGAUGGAGAAAGAAACAAAAAGGAGAACCAGGGGAAGCUCGAGAAAACAUCAAGAUGCUGAAGAAGAGAAACCUGUGUCUAAUAGCCAGCCAGAGGUGCAGCCGGUGCCAGAGACCCCGACUUCUCAGAGGAAGAAGAAAGCUCCAUCCACACCAACACGGAGGACCACCAGAGGGAGGACAGUUACCUUUAUCUCUCCCCUCCUGGAGGAAGCAGAGGAGCCGCAGGAGGACGGGAAAGUAGAGGAUGAGGAAGCAAGCAUUCUGGUCCCUGCCUCGCCUAGUCGUACGCCCAGAAAAAGUAAAAAGAACAAAGAAGUGGAAGUCCAAGCUAGCACACCUCGCAGAAGUACUCGCAGAACUCGGUCAGAGCCUCCUAAAGAGGAGGAGGAGGAGGCGGCGAUGGAUAACGAGACCACAGUUGCAUCAACCUCCAAGGCCUCUUCUCCGGCCAGACGACGGGUUUCCCAGAGGCCCACUUCAUCGAGGACCAGCCGAAGUGGUAGUGAGGAGGGGUCUGCAGCAGCAGAGGUUGAAAUCAAAGAGGAGCAAGAGGAUGAGGUCAAAGACACAAAGACCUCUCGACAAACCAGCACCAAGACACCCACACCGGCCAAACGCAGGACCACUCAGGGAAACACUCCAAGGAGGUCCAGCAGAAGGACACUGAACAGCAUUGACGUGGCGCCAUCACCAUUAGAGAGCCUGAAAGAAGAGAAGGAACAGGAGGAGGUCUUUGCGUCCCCUGUCAAACGCAACUCCAGGAGAACUAAGACAGAACGGCCAGAGACGCAGACGACCCUGCAGGAGGAGGAGGAGGAGAACAAAAACCAGCAAGUCUCCAGACCCGGCAGGACGACUCGACAGUCCAACCGGAUUACCUUAAAUGUUUACCCGCAAGUGAAACUGGUUCCCAUAUCACUUCCUCAGAGUGCAAGGAAGACAAGAGGAGACACGAUCACUGAAAAUAUAAAAGGUAGUGAGGCUCUGCUUGAGCCUGACGCCGGUCGCCCCGACUCCCUUCGACAAACUACGAGGAAACUCUGGGCUCACCCCGAGGAAGACCUUCCGCUACUGGACUCACCGUUGGAGGUGGAUUCUGAAACCCCUGUCGCAGACGCCCUCAUCAAGAGACUUCAGGAUGAAGAGGGGAAGCAAGAAGGCGGAGUUGUCGUCACCAAGAUGGUAAGAACCAGCAAGAGGAGUACGAAGUCGUCCGUGGAGCGGAGUCACUCGCCACUUCCUGUGAAGGACGGCCUGGUCUCUGAACCUGCGGAGGACGAGUCUCGUCCAGGCGAGCAUUCAUUCAUCUACUCCCCCGCGCGAAGAAGGACGAGAGCUGAGAGGGCGGAGUCUCCCGGGCCGAGCGAAAGGUCUGCGGCUCCUGUCACUCGCAGCAGGAGAAGAGUCGUCAAAGACGCCUCCGUGGCUCCUCAUGAUGAAAUUGAGAAGAUGUCAGAAGAAGAUCACACGGAAGUGGAGAAAGCAGCAGGUGUUUCUAAUGCCAGAAAAACAAGCAAGCGAACAGCCAAAUCCAAAACGGUUUCGGAGCCUCCUCCUGUAGCAGUGGUGGACCUGAUCUCGCCUCUGCCCAGCCCAGCUGAUCCGCUCCCGCGAUCGCUGAAGAGGAUUAUGGAGGCAGAGGCCCCAACCUCGAGCAUGAACCUUCGACGCAAACGCAUAAUGGACACCGUUUUCACAAAACCCGUCACGCGGAGGAAGAAGCUGUAAGGAAGGUUGGUGGUGGUUCAAACCAGCGGACCUCAGACAGCCACCAGAAGAUUUGAACCGACUCGGUCAGGAGCCGUCAAAUAAAAGCGUAUGCCUAAACUCACGAUGGCUCUGUUUCCUCAAAUGCCUCACAGUGCUGCGGUUUGUAUGUUGACUUCUCUGUACGACAAUAAAAUAAAAGCAAUGUAGGCAUGAAAUAUAUUUUUGGGACAAAUCACACUGGUGGACAGCAGUGUGAGAGAGGACUUUUUUUAGAGUUUACACGUCCCGCCCGUACUAACUCGACUUCACUUGAUAUUGUGACUGUGGCCGUUUUGAGUUGGAUGUUUUGCGACGCUCCUCGUAAUCCGCUUGAUUCUCUGGCUGCAGAACGGCACAAGGGAAAGGAAUCAGUGUGGGCUUUCAGAAGCCCCCGUCAAUCAAACCAGAGACUGAACUGAACGUGCCUCUGAUCAAGAGGUUUUAUUUACAUUCUCUUAUAAGUUUUUUUUUUUUUUUUCGUUGUUUACUUUUAAGAUUUCGAGGCCUGCUGUUUUUUCUAUUUAAGAAGAAGAGCAACCAACCCAGUGGAGAUGAAAGAUUUCUACUCAUAAAUUUGUUUAUAGUCUUUUUGCUAUGUUCUAAAUAAAGUUAAUAAAUAAAUCCUAAAGAAAAUGUUCAUUUUGAAGUUUGAAGUGUCUGGAUUGCAUUGGAUCAUCUAAUCAGACUAGUCUUUAAAUUCCAGCUGAUUUCUGUGAAAGAGGCACAGACUUUGACUUUAUUUAAUGUCAUGGGGAUGUUGUAUAGUGUGUCAGAAACAGAAAACACUUGCACAGCAGCUUGGAGUUGUUAAAUUUCUUUUGGUAAAUGUUUAAUAGGCUUGUUAAUUGAAUUUCUGGCAGCCACCAUCUGAUAUAGGCUAUUUUCUGAUGAAUGUAUGUAGAAUGUCUUAUUUUUGAUGACUGCUCUUUGAUAAAUAUGGUAAAGCUUGAAUACUUUA